AAUGAAAUAUAGUGGGGGGGGGGAAAAAGUCCUUUUUUAAAUUUUAAAACACCAGCAAUAGUGUUAACAAGUUAUGUUUGAGUGUAUACUUGGAAGGUAAAAGUACUUUCUGUGCUGUCCCAGCUGUGGUUACUACUGUGUUGUUCUGAAUACAGUUUUUUCAAACGGAUCGAAUGAGUCGAGUGUGUAUUGUUGUUUUGGAGGAGGUUGAAGAUGAUUCUCCUACAUUUUUUUCCAAUCUACCUCAGGAAAACACAUCUGUACGUCCUUCACCUUCUGGAAAUGUGUUGCCGCCGCUGGUUCAAGCUAUAUUUAAUGGGGACCCUGAUGAAGUUCGAGCAUUAAUAUUUAAGAAAGAAGAUGUUAACUUUCAGGAUAAUGAAAAGAGGACCCCUUUACAUGCUGCUGCCUAUCUGGGAGAUGCAGAAAUUAUUGAACUACUUAUUUUAUCUGGAGCUAGAGUUAAUGCCAAAGACAGCAAGUGGUUGACUCCCUUACACAGAGCUGUUGCAUCAUGUAGUGAGGAUGCAGUUCAGGUGUUGUUAAAGCAUUCAGCAGAUGUCAAUGCCCGUGACAAAAACUGGCAGACACCCCUACAUAUAGCAGCUGCAAAUAAAGCUGUUAAAUGUGCUGAAGCUUUGGUGCCUCUUCUAAGUAAUGUAAAUGUCUCAGAUCGAGCAGGUAGAACAGCAUUACAUCAUGCAGCCUUCAGUGGACAUGUUGAGAUGGUGAGUUUGUUAUUGUCUAGAGGUGCCAAUAUUAAUGCAUUUGACAAGAAAGACAGACGAGCUAUACAUUGGGGAGCAUAUAUGGGUCACAUUGAAGUUGUGAAACUACUUGUGACUCAUGGAGCUGAAGUGACAUGCAAAGACAAGAAAUCAUAUACACCCCUACAUGCUGCAGCGUCUAGUGGAAUGAUCAGCGUAGUCAAAUUUCUUCUAGAUCUUGGAGUUGAUAUGAAUGAACCAAAUGCCUAUGGAAAUACACCUCUUCAUGUAGCUUGCUACAAUGGACAAGAUGUUGUAGUAAAUGAACUUAUAGACUGUGGUGCUAAUGUAAAUCAGAUGAAUGAGAAAGGUUUUACACCUUUGCACUUUGCUGCUGCAUCAACACAUGGAGCAUUGUGUUUAGAACUUUUGGUCUGUAAUGGAGCAGAUGUAAAUAUGAAGAGUAAAGAUGGGAAAACACCAUUGCAUAUGACAGCAAUCCAUGGUAGAUUUUCAAGAUCACAAACCAUCAUCCAGAAUGGAGCUGAAAUAGACUGUGAAGAUAGAAAUGGAAAUACUCCUUUGCACAUCGCAGCUAGAUAUGGUCAUGAACUACUAAUCAACACUCUAAUUACAAGUGGUGCUGACACUGCAAAGAGAGGUGUACAUGGGAUGUUUCCUCUCCAUUUGGCAGCAUUAAGUGGAUUUUCAGACUGUUGCAGAAAGCUCCUUUCAUCAGGCUUUGACAUAGACACCCCAGAUGAUUUUGGCAGGACCUGCCUUCAUGCAGCAGCAGCUGGAGGGAAUUUGGAGUGCCUAAACCUUCUGCUCAACACUGGUGCAGACUUCAACAAAAAGGACAAAUUUGGGAGAACUCCACUUCAUUAUGCUGCUGCCAACUGUAAUUACCAGUGCCUGUUUGCCCUUGUGGGAUCUGGAGCUAGUGUGAAUGACCUUGACGAGAGGGGUUGUACACCAUUGCACUAUGCAGCUGCAUCAGACACAGAUGGCAAGUGCCUGGAAUACUUACUAAGAAAUGAUGCAAAUCCAGGGAUCCGAGACAAACAAGGAUACAAUGCAGUUCAUUAUUCUGCUGCUUAUGGUCAUCGCUUGUGUCUUGAACUGAUUGCAAGUGAAACUCCCCUAGAUGUUCUAAUGGAAACAUCAGGUACUGACAUGCUGAAUGAUUCCGACAACAGAGCACCAAUUAGUCCAUUGCACUUAGCUGCCUAUCAUGGUCACCAUCAAGCUCUGGAAGUACUGGUGCAGUCUUUGUUGGACCUUGAUGUGAGGAACAAUAAUGGCAGGACACCAUUGGAUCUUGCAGCUUUUAAGGGACAUGUGGAGUGUGUGGAUGUACUUAUUAAUCAGGGAGCAUCAAUCUUAGUGAAAGACUAUGUUGUAAAGAGAACUCCAAUACAUGCUGCAGCUACAAAUGGUCAUUCAGAAUGCUUGCGAUUGUUGAUAGGCAAUGCAGAACCACAGAAUGCAGUGGACAUUCAAGAUGGAAAUGGACAGACUCCUCUGAUGCUGUCUGUUCUCAAUGGGCACACAGACUGCGUUUAUUCAUUGCUUAACAAAGGAGCAAACGUAGAUGCCAAAGAUAAAUGGGGAAGAACUGCAUUACAUAGAGGGGCAGUUACUGGGCAUGAGGAGUGUGUGGAAGCAUUGCUUCAGCAUGGUGCUAAGUCCUUGCUACGAGACUGCCGAGGGCGAACACCUAUACACUUAUCAGCUGCAUGUGGACAUAUUGGUGUUCUAGGAGCUCUCUUGCAGUCAGCAACAUCUGUGGAUUCAGUACCGGCCAUAGCAGACAAUCAUGGAUAUACAUCACUGCACUGGGCCUGUUAUAAUGGUCAUGACAGCUGUGUAGAGCUUCUUUUGGAACAGGAAGUUUUCCAGAAAAUGGAAGGAAAUUCUUUCAGCCCAUUGCAUUGUGCUGUCAUAAAUGACAAUGAAGGUGCUGCUGAAAUGUUAAUUGAUACGUUGGGUGCUGGCAUUGUAAAUUCAACAGAUGCAAAAGGAAGAACCCCUCUUCAUGCAGCAGCUUUUACAGAUCAUGUGGAGUGUUUACAGCUUCUACUCAGUCAUAAUGCUCAAGUAAAUGCUGUAGAUUCUUCUGGAAAGACUCCUCUAAUGAUGGCUGCAGAAAAUGGGCAAACUAACACCGUUGAGGUGCUGGUUAGCAGUGCUAAGGCUGAUCUGACCUUGCAAGAUAGCAGUAAAAACACAGCACUCCAUUUGGCUUGCAGCAAGGGUCAUGAAACUAGUGCCUUGUUAAUACUGGAGAAAAUUACGGAUAGAAACCUCAUCAAUGCCACCAAUGCAGCCUUGCAAACACCUCUGCAUGUUGCUGCUCGAAAUGGAUUAACAGUUGUAGUUCAAGAACUUUUAGGCAAGGGAGCGAGUGUACUUGCUGUAGAUGAAAAUGGUUACACACCAGCUUUGGCCUGUGCUCCCAAUAAGGAUGUGGCUGAUUGUCUAGCUCUCAUUUUGGCCACAAUGAUGCCUGUUUCAUCAAGCAGCACUUUACCUUCCCUUACAUUCAAUGCCAUUAAUCAUUACACCAACACCUCAAAAACUGUCACGUUUGACUCCUUGCCAAUCAUGAGGAGUGAACAUAGCUCUUAUUGUAGCUUCAACAAUAUUGGCAGGGAAGAUGGCUACCCAUAUACAGAAGAGGAUGAGCUUAAUGACUCAGAUUCUGAGACCUAUUAAGAAGCUUCAUCUGGAGGUCUGAAGAGUGAGCCCAGUCAUCUGAAGGUCAGAAUUGUGCUUUUGGAAAAAAGCAGUCAGUGUUUGAUUACAAAAGAGGACAGACCUAUGAGAAGAUUUGGGGGUUUUUUAAUUGUGGAUACGUAUGAAAGAUCUGUGUGUGACACUAGGAGGAUUUUAAAGAGCAGGUUUUGCAAAAGAAGCAUAAAUUCUUGAAAAAUACUUGGAAUCUACAGCAAAAAAAAUUAAGAAUGUCAAAACUGUUUUAUUUAAUUGUACAUUUAGCAUUUUGUUUGUGGUGCCAGGAGUAACUUCUCCAGACUCUGCACCCUAAUCUGUGUAAAUGAACAACAUACUUGUACAACAAAAAGGACAUCUGAUUUAACUAUAAUCAAUAAAACUAAAACCACUUUGAAGGCAAUAAAUGAGUUUGGUACAGUAGGCAUUGUGUGUGCAGCAAAUUGCCAAAGGACCAAAUAACUUAAAGAUUUUUUUAAUUAAAUACCUUUUUGUGGAAACUGGAAUAGGUUAAAUGAGAUGUUGUCUUAACCAAACCUUAAAUAUUUCUGGGAACGAAGCUUAGAUUUGGUUUUAAAUGUUGAUUUUUUUUUUAAUAAUCUAAAAGCCUUCUGACACUAUUAAAUGUACCAUGAAAGAGAGCAGAUGUAUCUUUCAGUUUUGUUUUUUCUUUUAGAUUAAACAAAAAUGAACUUGUCAUACUUUUAUAAUGCUUAAAACAAACCAGCUAACAAGGUGCAGUCAGGGUGAAACAUGUACAGUGUAAUAAACAAGGGGAGGGGUGGGAGGGAAGCAGUAAUUGUUGCACAGUUUUAGAUUUUUAACUUCUGGGUUUUAAAUUGAGAUAUUUUUAUUUAAAUACAUGAAGGGUAAUUUACUGAGAAAAUGAAACUGCAUAAAAAUCUCCUGACACCCUGUUGUGACUGAAAGUUCUUAGGGAAUGGAUUGAUCAACAAUUCACCCACUUCUUUACAUCAUAGGUUUGUAAGUGAGAUGAAGUCUGUGCCUCCAUAUUGUAUUUCUUUUAAAUCCUGGAGUUCUGAGUCGGGGGGAGGUGAAUUUAGAAGAGAGUUUCCCUGUGAU